ACCUUGGUCUCCGGAACCGUCAGUUACUGUAAACCGGGUUCCUGGCCGGUCUUAAUCUUUCGUUGGACCGUCUCGCCGCCCCUUGGGGAUUCUGGAUAAAUAUGGAAGGCCGGGUCGGCUGCAGUCCUCAGAAGGGUAACGACCACUGGGUCUGCGCUGUGCAGUACAACAGCCACUAGCUACUUGUGGCAGCCCGAAUUGAGAAAUGCAGCAAAUGUAAAAUACGUCACUGUGGAUUUCAAAGAUAGAACACGAAAAGAUAGGCUAAAAGCAGGAAAAGAAUAUGGAGGCAGAUAUUGUAACUCUUCGAUGCAAGCUCAAAGAGGUUGAAGAAGAGCGACUAAAAGCUGCACAGUAUGGUUUACAACUACUGGAGAGCCAAAGUGAAUUGCAGAGUCAAUUGGAGAAAUGUCAUAAUGAAAUGAUGACCAUGACUGAGAAUUAUGAACAAGAAAAAUACACUCUUCAGAAAGAAGUUGAACUCAAGAGUCGAAUGUUAGAAAGUUUGAGCUGUGAAUGUGAAGCUAUUAAACAACAACAGAAAAUGCACCUGGAGAAAUUAGAAGAACAGCUAAAUAGAAGCCAUGGACAGGAAGUGUAUGAACUAAAAAAUAAGAUAGAAAAACUGAAAGUGGAAUUAGAUGAAGCUAGGCUUAAUGAAAAGCAGUUGAAGCACCAAGUAGAUCAUCAGAAGGAACUCCUGUCUUGUAAAUCAGAAGAGCUACGGAUAAUGUCUGAACGAGUGCAUGAAAGCAUGUCUUCAGAGAUGCUGGCUCUUCAAGUUGAGCUUGCUGAAAUGGAAAGUAUGAAGACCACCCUCAAAGAAGAAGUGAAUGAACUACAAUACAGACAAGAGCAGCUAGAACUUCUUAUUACCAACUUAAUGCGUCAGGUAGACCGACUCAAAGAAGAAAAAGAGGAGCGAGAGAAAGAAGCAGUUUCUUACUAUAAUGCCCUAGAGAAAACUCGUUUAGCAAAUCAAGAUCUUCAGGUGCAGUUGGACCAGGCACUCCAGCAAGCCUUGGAUCCUAGUUGUAAAGGCAACUCUUUAUUUGCAGAGGUAGAAGAUCGAAGGGCAGCAAUGGAACGUCAGCUUAUCAGUAUGAAAAUCAAGUAUCAGUCACUAAAGAAUCAAAAUGCAUUUAAUAGAGAACAGACGCAAAGAAUGAAGUUACAGAUUGCCACAUUGCUACAGAUGAAAGGCUCUCAAACUGAAUUUGAGCAGCAGGAGCGGUUGCUAGCCAUGCUGGAGCAGAAGAAUGGUGAAAUAAAACAUCUCUUAGGUGAAAUUAGAAAUCUGGAGAAAUUCAAGAAUUUAUAUGAAAGUAUGGAAUCUAAGCCUUUGGUCAACUCCGGUGUUCUAGAAGAUAACACCUAUUAUACAGAUUUACUUCAGAUAAAGCUUGAUAACUUAAAGAAGAACAAGACACCUCAAGUUCCUGUACUCAAAAAGAGGCGUGAGGUGCUGCCUGUGGAUGUAGCCACCCGUAAAGAUGUGUGUGCCGAUAGUGCUAUCGGGGAAGAAGUUUACAGACUACUGCCUCAGAAAGAGGAGACACAGUCCUGUUCUAACAAUUUAGAAGAUAACAACUUGCAGUUAGAAAAAUCAGUUUCUGUAAACACCCCAGUAGUCACUCGCUCACCUCACAAAAAUCUGUCCAUGGAUAUCCUGCCGAAGAAAGAGAAGAAAUCUGUGAAACUCAUAGGAGUUCCAUCUGACUCUGAGGCCUUAAGUGAAAGAAGUGGAAACACCCUGAACUCUUCCAGGUUAGCUGCUGAAUCAAGGCUUCAAACAGAAAUUAAAGAAGGGAAAGAAACUGCAAGCAAAUUGGAAAAGGAAACUUGUAAGAAAUCACACCCUAUUCUGUACGUGUCCUCCAAAUCAACUCCAGAGACCCAAUGCCCUCAACAAUAAAGACUUUUUCUUUAAUAAGAGUAUGUACCACUUGCCCAAAAGGUUACUGUGGAGUUUAGUUAAGACGGUCUUUAUCUGAGGUAUACCACUUCCUGGGUUAUUUAUAUCUACUCAUCAUACCAGGACCUGGUAUUUUAAUAUUCCUUUGACCAAGUGUUCAAAAUUUAGUUGUGAUUCUAACCCAGGAAGUUCCUUCCAUGAUGACCCUUCACAGAGCUUCUGUGAAUCACAGUGAAUAAACUGUUAACUGAAGGAAAAUGUUAUAAUUAAUAUAAAUCUAUUUGUUGCAUUGUAUGUGGAUUUGUAAGUGAUGUGAAACUUAAGUAACCUACCUUCAGAGCCAUAUAUUUGAAAAGAGAACACUUGAAUCAUUAACUAUUACAUUUUCCUAUGUACUUUUUAAUGAACUUGGUUUUUCACUAUGUUGUAAAAAUAAAACCUUGGUUUACAAGUAUACAUUAUAUUGUUUCAGGAUGUUUUCAGUAUUUAAUUGCAUGUUCUUUUUGUAUUCAUAUAUAUGAUUUAAAUUUUGUCUUAAGCAUAUGAAACAAGUCAUUUUGCAAUUUAAAAUAAAGCUGCAAUAAUUUCUCUCC